AUGAGUAGACCAAGGCAGACAAAGUCGGGCAAUGUCCAGAUCAAGCUGGCUGGCGCAUCCCGUACCGUCACCAUCAAUCCUCACGCCAAUGUCUUCAAUCGUCCCUCGAGCGCAGUCGUUCCGCGAGACGACUUUUUCGGCCCCAGACCUCAUGUCGACACGGAAGCCGAUAUCGAACUGCUUGUGAAAGAGUGCAGGGGAACAUACGAAGGCGUGGAGAAGAUGCGAGAUGUUUUCAGUUGUUUGGAGUUUCUGUCGGGAGCCGAGGACAAGUACUAUCUUUUGCCGGAACAGGUCGACCGCGCAAGUGAGCAAGACCCUAGGGGGGCAGAGUAUUUGAACGCAGAUGGACAUGGAAACACAUUGAUGAACUACGUCUCGGUCAAGGAUGCAAAAGCUCCUUCAAAGACGAAUCUUGGAACAUGCGCUGGCCCCAUCAUUCCAUACCACGUCUACUGGGCCGGUCCCGCGACAUGGCGUCUCGAAGUCUUCGUCAAGUCUUACCUCUACACACAGAAUUUGCCCUGCAGUCGGCUCUGGCUUUGGGCAGACACCGACAGAGCUCCAGAUGCUGUCGACAAACUGAUGAAUCACGACGCCCUGUUUGCUCGCUUCCUGCCGCUGGUCGAGCGAGGCGAUAUCAAAGUCUUGCCCUGGAAGUUCCCCACCAGGAUGCCUCUACCAAAGCAAUUCGACAAUACUGACGGAGUGGGCUACUACAAGACCAAAGGCAAGAUCAACGCUCAGGGCGAAGUUGCCAUUGCAGAUGGUCUCGUCGAAGACGCCAGCGGCCAGCAAUGGAUCACUCUCACACCCAAGCAAAUGACCUUCUUCCCUCAAGCAAUCUCCGACACGGUGCGAUUUAUCAUCUUGCAUCAGCAUGGAGGUGUCUACCUGGACAUGGAUGCCCUGAUGCUCCGCGACAUGCGACCUUUGCUCAUUCCCAAAAAGCACGACUUCGCCGAACGUUGGGGAGCUCACAACAAUCCUGGAGACUACAACACAGCCAUCAUGUCUCUGUCUGCCAACACUUCUCUUUCCAGCUAUCUGUUACGAGGAGGCGUUCGCAUGGGCCUCAACUUUCACCCCCGAGUCAUUGGCCGCAUGAUCUGGAAACAGGGCCGUGAUCUCGAGUUUCCUAUGCUCGAAACUGCCGCCUUCGACCCCAUCUGGACCGAGUUCAACUGGGACCGUCAAGGCCGCUGUACAGUCCCUUGUCUCCGCGACUACAGCGCCGUCUUCAAAGGCAAGCCAAACGCUCUCAAAGAUGAAUGGGAAAGCUACGAUGGCCCCCAACUCGACCGCUUGGAUCUGAACACAACUUUCACUCCAAAGAAAGAUAUCCUGUCUCAGGUGUCGCAAUGCCUCAAGUCUGCAAAGUUCCCUCGCAACGUCGCGCCUAUGGACAGUGUCUCCUCCUCUUCCUCCUCGAACCACAUCAACAUCACACCCAUGCCAGGCCCUAUGGACUCCUUCACCUCCUCUGCCUCUGAGGUCGCAGCUCUAUGCAAAGCAGGCAUCGUCAAAGACUACCGCCUCACCGAAGACAAAUACCCACCCAACAAUCGCACGUUAGAGAACUUCUUCCGCGGUGCUUGGACAUAUCAUAUCCACAAUCAAUGGCUCAAAGAGCCGGAGCCAAGUUCAUGGCUUGAUGUCUUGCAAUCUGCUCAGGACGGCUUUUUCGCCGGUGAAAGAGUCAAUCCGUAUGGGGACAAGUGGUCAGGGCCAGAGAUCAAGGCUUACAAUGAGUGGAGUGAUAUGGUGUGA